CUUUCAAAGCGCGGUUACAUGUGUUCGGCUUUCUGAGGCCAAGUUCAUGUCACGGCCCUCAAUUGUCUUUUUUAGCCCCCCAAAGUCAAGGCGACAAUGUCAAGAGGGCAGCCAGGGGUUAUCACUAUAGAAGUGACUGCUUCCAGACUAGACGGUCCUUCUUAAAAUAUUUCAUUCACCAACUCGCUUUAUUCCAAACUGCCUCUGCUGACAAAUCACCACCACCAUGUUUUCGCUCAUGCAAAAAAAUAAUUUUAUUCAGGUCUCACGUUGCGGCACGCGUUUAGCAAAAAACGCGCGCCUGCUCACUACGGUUACUCCACCAAGGGAUAGAUCUCGAGAGCAGCAAGUCCAAGAACAGCAGCAGCGGAACGCCGAGGCCGGACACCUCACAGAGUUGGUGCGCGACUUUCUCGACCCUGGCGAAUUUUAUCAAGCCGUCAGAGACAUCGGAAUAGACUUUUUCUGCGGAGUGCCCGACUCUCUAUUGAAAGAUUUUUGUGCUUAUGUGACCGGCAAUGUUCCGUCGUCCAACCACAUCAUCGCCGCCAAUGAAGGAAAUGCCGUCGGCAUUGCUGCCGGCUACCACCUUGCUACUGGAAAAUCUGCUAUGGUUUACUUGCAAAAUUCUGGUUUGGGAAACACGGUGAAUCCGCUGGUGUCGAUGACUUCAAGAGAAGUGUACAGCAUGCCGCUGCUCCUUCUGGUCGGUUGGCGCGGCGAGCCCGGAAAACGUGACGAGCCGCAGCACCUUUUGCAGGGCCAAGUCACACCAGGACUCUUGGCGGCCCUCGGAAUUCCUUUCCAGUCGCUUCCCGACUACAUCGAAGGCGCCCGCGACGCGCUUUACACGGCCAAAAAACACUUGCAGCACAACAACAGCGCCUACUGCCUGCUUGUCAAGAGACAAACUUUCCUGCCACACUUGCUCGCACCACCAGAAUCCAAGUAUCAGCUAAAGAGAGAAGACGCCGUCAAACUGGUCGUUGCAAAUUUGAAAGACAGGGACGUGGUGGUUUCGACAACAGGAAUGCUCUCUCGAGAGUUGUUCGAGUUCAGGAAGUCCGCAGGACAGGGACACGAGCGCGACUUUUUGACUGUGGGCUCCAUGGGACAUGUUUCGUGCAUCGCUCUUGGCAUCGCAAUUCAGAGGCCAAAAAGACAGGUUUUCUGUAUUGAUGGAGAUGGCAGUGUGAUUAUGCACAUGGGCGCUCUGGCUGUGAUCGGACAAACAGAACCUCAAAACUACAAACACAUAAUAAUCAACAACGGAACCCACGAUUCCGUCGGUGGCCAACCGUCCGCCGCCUUGGAUGAAACAAGAUUUCAGCUGCCCAAACUAGCCGUUGCUUGUGGCUACAAGGAGGCCAGAACGGCGGUGACACCUGAGGAAAUCAAGGCUGGCGUCGACUGGCUGCAUUCGACGAAGGGUCCGAUCGCCCUCGAAAUCAAAGUGGCUUCCGGAAGCCGAAAAAACUUGGGUCGCCCGACGAGGACGCCGAUCCAGAACAAAAACGAUUUCAUGCACUUCUUGGCGCUCAGUUAAAAAUAAGUUGGAAAAAAACUUUCUUUUACUCCAACCACCGUAAACGAUACCUCAUUCAAUUAAUGUGCAGCAACCGUGAUGCCUCAAUUUCAGUCUCUUGCGACGAGACGGGCGCGGCAAAUGUGUAUUAUUUACUCGUUAAGGCCACCUUUGAUCAACCACCUUUGUCUGCACAUCUUGAAAUAAAAUAUAAUAACUAAAAGAUGGGCGUUACUCUGCAGCAAAAAAAAAUCACGUUUAAAUAUGAAUCGAGGAAGAUUUUAUUUCACUUAACUUGAAUAAUAAUUUUUAUAAAUGCGUAUUAAUAACAGAAA